UCCUAGGGCUUGCAAAAUCAAUUCUUUAAAAUUCAAGCUCGGAAAAGGAGAGAAAUCCUAAUCGGCAGCGAUGGAAGCAGGAGACGAUGGAGUCGAGAAUUUUGUGGAUUCCAAAGACAUGCAGCAGCAGAGCAAAGCGUUCGAUAAACUCACCGACCGAGUCGAGGAUCGACAGCUCGACUCAACCAGAGUUCAAGAAGCCAUGGCUUCAAUCUACGCAUCAAAAGAAGCUGAUAUACAAGCUGCUAGGUUGAGGGAGAAAGAAUUGGCAGCCGUUAAAAUUAAUGCUGGUGAUGUCGACAUCAUUGCCAAUGAACUGGAGCUCGACAAAAAGGUUGCAGAAAGAACCUUGCGUGAGCAUAAAGGUGAUGCUGUUGCUGCCAUCAGAUCCCUGCUCUACUAAUUAAGAAAAUUAUGCUCGAUUUGCAUUUGCUGUGAUGAGAAAUCUUUGACAAUAUUUUCCAUGUUUAAGACACACGCCUAUGAUUGUUCAGCACGUUUUUAUAUCAUAAUACAAGGAUGAAUUUGUCAGCA